AUGAAAGGUGAGGACCGUGUCGUAUACCAAUCCAUUGAAGGUUUGGUUGACAAAACACAAGAGUUUAUAGAUACGGAGCUGGCUAAAGCUAUUUCUUUCUUUUCUUCGAAGUCUGAAGAUAACAAAAAAUGGUUGAAUGAGAUAUCCUCAACAUAUAAAUUGGAAAAUGAGGGUACCAUGAAAGACUUCGAGGAAUUGAAAAAGGCACAUAUUAAAAAGGUUGAUGAAUUGGAACAGAAGGUUGUAUAUUUUGAGGAUUUAUAUAAAGAAAUCAAUGAACUUGUAGAGGAGCUGGCUGUGAAAACUAAAAUACAGAAAAAGAGACAAUCUCGUUUGGCGGAAAGUUAA